AUGCCCAGAUUCGAGAAGUCCUUCUACAAGAGGGACGACGCCGUCGCUGCGCGAUCAGAUGAAGAAGUCGAGGCUUUCCACAAGGAACGCCAGAUCGCUAUUAAGGGCACCAACCUUCCCAAGCCUGUUCGCUUUCCCUGGCUACGUGUUGAACGAGUACCUAUCAUCACACUUGAAGUCGCCGGCAGCCUCUUCAAAAUCUUCGCGAACAUGGCAAUCCACGAUACCGACCUGCCUGGUGCCAUCGAGAAGUGGAUAGGGGAGGGUUCGAUGGAGAGCACCUUUCAAGUAUAG